GUGUGUAGAGAGGCGCUUCCGGUGGGGCGGAGCGGAGUGGGGUUGGUGGCGGCCCGGGCGUUCGGUGAGGGCCGGUGCGGAGCUUUGCGUCGUGUUCGUCGUUUUCGUUGUUAUGUCGGCUCUGGAGAAGCAGCUGCACCUGGGUCGGCUUCCGACGAGGCCUCCUUUGCCCGGGGGUGGCGGUCAGUCCGGCUCCAAGAUGCGCAUGGGCCCUGGAAGAAAGCGUGACUUCUCCCCAGUGCUUUGGAACCAGUACUUUGAGUCUAUGGAGGACGUUGUGGUGGAAAAUGAAACUGGCAAGGAUACUUUUCGAAUUUACAAAAGUGGAUUGGAGGGACCUGUCUUGCUGCUGUUGCAUGGUGGAGGCCAUUCUGCUCUUUCCUGGGCUGUAUUUACUUCUGCAAUCAUCAGCAGGAUUCAGUGCAGGAUUGUGGCUUUAGAUCUCCGAGGCCAUGGAGAAACAAAAGUUAGGAAUCCUGAAGAUUUGUCUGCGGAGACAAUGUCAAAAGACGUUGGAAACGUGGUUGAAGCUUUGUAUGGAGACCUUCCUCCCCCUAUCAUGCUGAUUGGGCACAGCAUGGGUGGUGCCAUUGCAGUGCACACAGCAGUUGCAAACCUGGUGCCGAGUUUACUGGGUCUGUGCAUGAUAGAUGUUGUGGAAGGUACAGCCAUGGAUGCACUGAACAGCAUGCAGAACUUCUUAAGGAGUCGUCCCAAAACAUUCAAGUCACUUGAGAAUGCAAUUGAGUGGAGUGUAAAAAGUGGACAAAUAAGAAAUCUGGAAUCUGCUAGAGUUUCUAUGGUCGGUCAAGUCAAACAGUGUGAAGGAGCUGCAAGUCCUGAAGGUCCUAAAGCCAUCGUGGAGGGCAUUAUUGAAGAAGAGGAGGAGGAGGAUGAAGAUGAUGAAGGCGGAGUCUCUGUCAACAAAAGGAAGAAGGAAGAUGACAUUGAGACAAAGAAGGAGCACUUAUACACGUGGCGAAUUGAGCUGGCGAAAACAGAGAAGUACUGGGAUGGAUGGUUCAGGGGCUUAUCUAACCUCUUCCUAAGCUGUCCAACUCCAAAGCUCUUGCUUUUAGCUGGUGUUGACAGGCUGGAUAAAGAUCUGACCAUUGGACAGAUGCAAGGGAAGUUUCAGAUGCAAGUCCUUCCACAGUGUGGCCAUGCAGUCCAUGAAGAUGCUCCAGACAAGGUUGCUGAAGCUGUUGCGACGUUCCUGAUCCGUCACAGGUUUACAGAGCCCAUCGGUGGAUUCCAGUGUGUGUUUCCUGCUUGUUAAUACCCUGCUAUCUCCAGCACCGAGUCGUAUUGUAAAUAAACUGCACCAGAGGCCACUGUGAUGUACCCCAUAUCUGUUCAUCUCUCCAGUUCAGCAGCAGUUGAGAAGUUGGUGUGAGGUUCAUCGUCCCUUAGAACAGUUCUCCAGACGUGUCCAUGCUUAGGGACUUCCUUGCUGGGAAGCAGCUUGUGUUGAAGACCAUGAAAAGCUCUUCAGACCCUCAGAAGUGGGCUCCUCUCUGCUGCCAUAAGCAAAGACCUGAAACCCCAAGCCUCCAUCGACCUCCAUGGUUUCUUGGACCCAACUGCAGAAGGGUUGUUGACAAUCCAGAGCCAGCAAAGUCACUGCAGCAUUUCCAAAGGCUUCAGGAUUUCUCCGUGGAAUCAUCUGAUCGUCUUCAAAGUGCCCCUUAGCUUUGGGUUUUGUUUUGUUUUUCUUAUAUAUUCAUUUAUUUUUUCCCCCCUAAAGCAGUGAGGGAAUCAGCUUCAUUAGAAGCUCAAGUUCCAUCUCGCCAGCCUUAUGGAUCAAGCUGUGGCAGGAAGCUGAUGCUGCUUUCUUGUGCAAAUUUGGACCAGAGGGUAAAACAAAAAGGCAAGGGUGGGAAUCUGGGGAUCGUGAGCUCCAUUUCAGAAUCUUGCAGCUUUCUUAACAUUUGUUUCAAGCUCUCACUGAGGAAAAAUAGCCUGAAUUACAGGCAGUUUGCCUAUUUGGCCCUUUUCUGCCUCUGGAAUGUGUUUAUGCUUCCCUCUGUGUAGCUGCCACACAUGACUGAGCAGAGAUCAGCAUCGUUGGGGUGAAAAAGAUGCAAGAAGAGCAGCAGAUAAAUUCCUGGAAGAGCUUGGAGUCAAUCCUGCUGAUGCUGAUGCAGAGGUGCAGGCAGCUGAUUCCCCAGUACCACAGGAUUCACCUUGUUUUCAGUGUCACUUCCUAAAUCAUCUCGCUGCCUGCCUGCCGUAUUUCCACACAAAUCUGCAGUCCCAUGGGAGAAUGCUUCUUCAGGGUUAAUUACCUGCAGGCAGUGGGUCAGAUUGCUUUCACCUCUCCUAAGAAUCACUCUGGAGCAUAAGAGCUGGCACCUAUUGGAGCAGUUUUUCUCAGCGUGCUGCUGGUGGUUGUCUGAAAUCUUAUUCCAUUUGCCUCGUGUUCAGAACCCCUUUGUGCUGUAUGAUGGAGGCAGUAUUUAAUGCUGUUUUGCUGAGGCAUAGUUCUGUUCCUGGCUUGAUCCUGGGAGUUGUGAUGGGCAGCAGUUCUCCAGAGCCAUCCUGAACUUCUGGUGUGUUUGAGGUGCAGGUGGGGCAAAGGGAAGCGGUGUGAAGAGCUGGUAAACGUGGAGAUUCCCUGUGAUGGAGAGCUGCUCCUCAUCUCAUUCCUUCACACGUGAGUUGUGGCCUUGUGCUGUGCCCAAAGCAUCAGGGUGGGAAAUGCAUGAACCAGAGGCAAGAAAGCCAAAUUGCAGAGGGCUCUGCUCAUUGCCACACCGUUGGCACUCAGUGUAAAUAGAGAAUUGCUGGCUCCUGACAUUCCUCUUUCUGUUCACUAUUGCGUUGUGACCGUGGUGUAACAUCCAGCCCAGCUGUAGUUCCUGGUGGAUUAAAUGGACCCUCAGUAACCGAGAUGCUACAUCUGCCUUUUUCCUGUUGCAUCCUGAAGGCUGGCAGCAUCCUCAGUCCUCCCCACGUAUAUUUCAGCAGGAUAUUUAAUGUGGCAUUGCUCCGUGCCAGGCUCUGGGUCCUGGCUGCCUCAGAGCUGGAUUUGGGGAAGUGAACUGCAGGGAUGAGAGCAAUAGCGGAUGGAGUGGGAAUCCCUUCCUGCUGUGCUGAAUUGCAAACAUUUUUGAGAGUCUGCUUUUGUCUGAAGGAUUUCUGCCUGUCUGCAAUUGCUUUUCCUGGGAGGAGGGAGCAAGAAGCAGAGAGAAAUGGUAUUUAGGUGAAAGUUAGCACAGAGAACGAGCUGCAGGGGAAAGUGUUCCCCUUCACUGAAUAAAAGUAGGGAAACCCAGGAAGUUCCCCCUCCUUUGCUGUCUGAUCAGUGCAUUCUUUCACAGCCUUCAGCACUUAAUCAGGCAGACAGGAGGAGGCUGAGCUGUGAGGGUGCAGAUUUCAAGCAGGAGCGUUUGAUGAUGUAGAAAUCUCUCUUGCCUUUGUUCCAGUCGUUGGAUUGAGGAUCCGUGGAAGCUUUCACAAUGGAAAACCCCGAGGCUUGGCAGGAGCAGAUUGUGGUCUGAUCUCUGUAUAAGGGCUGACUUCAGCUUGGAGCCUGCACAGGUUCUGCCAGCUCUGGGGCUGCGUGCAUCACACAGAGCCCUCAGCCAUUUGUAGCUUACAGGAGCACUGUGACUGCUGGAAAGAAAUCUUCCCAGUGUGGCCAAAGCGUGAGGUUCUGCUCUGAACACAGAGCCUGGGUGGAUGGCUGCAGUGUGUGAGUCUGAAUGGCUGCUCCUCCAAGCUGGCAUCUCAAAAACAGCAUUAAUCCAGAGGUGAAACAUCAGACUGUGUUGAAAUGGUUGCUGUAUCACGUUGCUGCUUGGAGUUUUGCUUUUCUUUGCAACCUUUUCUUGUCUCUUGUUCAGCCCGCCCUUGUGGGACACCUUCAGAAGCGAAGCAGGUGGGAGAUUCCACCAAAGCCAGCUGAAAAUAUUGAUGGCUGUUGCAGCUGGAUGUCAGGUUGUGAGCAGCUGAGACGUGCUCUCAAGAAAUGAGCACGGGUGGUAAGGAGUGAAAGUGCAGAGAGGUCUGUGGGCUGUGCUUGGAGCUGUCAGACCCCCAGACCUGACUGGGUUUCCUCCCCUGCAAUCUGUGCAUUUUGGAGAUGGUAGCUGUGGGUGAGGUUUAUCUUUUGGCAGAGGAAGGGGCUGUGUCUCCUGACUUCCAGCCCUGCUUCCCACCUUUCAGAGUGAACCUUCUGGCUUUUCCUGUUUCUACAGGGCAGGGCUGAGCAAUGGCAGCAGGGCACAGCCCCUUGCUGGCUUUCUGCUCCAGCACCACGCAGAUACAGGAGGAGGAGAGCCCACAUUAUCUCGAUCUGCACAGUUUCUCUUCCUCUCCAUAUUGCCUUUUGUCUUCAGUGUGAAUGGGAGAUGUCUGGCGAGUCGGUGGGUUUAAACUGGUGCUUCACACACCUGAAAAUCUACACCUGGAUCUUCUGGGUAAGGUCAAAAACCAGUUUGCCAGCCAAGCCCCCGGUUGCAUUUCCACAUAAACUUGGCACCACGUCUGCAAAGCAGCUGAAACCUGUAGGGCUGUGCUUAGGUUUUUUACUGCAUGCUUUGCUGUUGGAUGCUGGGCCGGUUGGGUUUCCAGCCUGACAGGGUGUUGCUCUCAGGUGACCUCGUAUCUUUUGCUGUUGUUUCCAAAAGGAAAAUGUGUUUGUGUCUGUCAGUCCUCUGGAGACUGCUGUGUCCUGUGUCAGCCUCGUCCUGCUGGUACCUUGUUUGGUGUCCGUUGCUCUCGCCUCCAAAUAAAGCAGUUGUGCAAAGCCUGGGUUAGGAAUUCCUCUGUUUGCUGGGAAGGGGGAGAUCUGACUGUUCUGGGGCUGUCACAGCGGUGAGGGCUGCGUUGGGUUUUUCUGGUGACUCAUGGAAGUGUCUCAUCCUCGGAAACGUCCCCACAUCCCUUCUCUGUGCUCCAAUGUGGGGAGGAGGAGGGAAUGCUGGAGCCACAGCCUGUGUUUUUCCCCUCCCCUUCACCACUGAUUGCUCCCACAUGUACAGAAACAUCUGAAAGUAAUAAAACGUGGUGCUUUGGCUGUUCAGUAA